UGCCCCUUUGAAGAGGCACUAGCAGGCUGCAGCGUGCAGGGAGAGCACAGUUGGCUGAGAGAGCCAGUCAGCAGGUCUCCAGGUCCACAGGCCGUCUCCACGUAUGUAGCACUGUCUCUGCUAGAGCCUCUCUCUUCUCUUUUCCUCUCUGUCUGUCUCUCCUUCUCCUUGUCUUCCACAUCUGUGCAUUUAUUUUCUGAACCUCUCUUCUCCUGCAGUCGUCUGUUUGGUUCCCAAACCGUCUGUUGCUCCUUUCCAUCCCUCCUCAGACCACAGGAAAGAAUAAGGACGAUGCCAGCACAGAUGUUCGGGCUACAUGCUCAUUUUGAGUCCAGCUGAAGACGUCGGCAUUUCAGAGGCCCAGGGGAACUUAAACAAAAUAACUAAAGAAAAUCAGAACUUUUCUCAACCAAAGGAAGGUUUUCGGGAGAUCUCAUUUUCACGUCCCUCCUUCAUCAUCCAGCUUGGUUUUGUUUUUUUUUGUUUUUUUUUUGGGUGCUUUUUGAGUGGGAAGGCUGAAGAUGAAGUCAAUUCUCUCUAAGGUCACUCUUCAUCCUUUUCUCUUUGGAGUGUUCUUGUCUUUGGUGGAUGCCAAAGGGACCUACUAUGGCAAUCCCUACCGAUACAACCUCUACAAAUCUGGAGUCAAUCCCCAUUACUCACCUGGGAAACCCAUGGGCCGCCACAAAAACUAUUGCGCUUACGUUGUCCAGAAGAACAUCUCAUGCACGAUGCAGGACGGGGUGGCCACCUACGUCAAGGCAGAAUACAGCAAAUGCGCGUGGGGGCAGAAGUGUCCAGCUGUCAUGUACCGGACAUUCUACAAGCCCAAGUACAAAGUGGGGUACAAGACUGUGACUGAGCUGGAGUGGCGCUGCUGCCCAGGGUAUUCGGGUGAAGGCUGCUUCGAUGGACCCACUGCCCUCCCCGACAUGCCCCCGUUCAAAGGUGGCCUGCCCCAUCCCGGUUUUAAGGGAUACCCCCGCGGGCACCCCAGGGGCCCUGAGCAGAAGCCCAUCCCCGGUGGUCGCCUGGACCCCACAAAAUCCAACUAUGGCCAGAAGUUUGGUGGGGUGACAGGAGAGCGCCUGGACCGGAUCGAGGAGGACGUGCGGCGGCUGUCCAAGGGGCUGGACACACUGAACGGCGCGGUGACGGGCCUGGAGGAGCGCUUGCGGCAGGGCAUGCGUGAGGACACCAACAAAAUGCUCACCACCCUGCUGGGCACCGCGCCUCGCACCUCCGACUCCACGGUGGGCUUCGGCGUCAUCCCCGACGGGACCCCGGACGGCCUGGAGGGCGGCGAGGGCUUCCCCGGGUUCGGCGACCUGGCCGGCCGGGUGACGGAGGUCAAGGACGAGAUCCGGGCCAAGAGCGACAUGCUGGACGAGAUCCACGGCAUGGUGCUGGGCCACGACGGCCAGCUGAAGCAGCUGCUGGAGGCGGCCGCCGGCAGGCCCGUCUCCGGGGACACGCAGAAGCUCCUGGAGGAGCUGCUGGACGCCAAGCUGGCCGGAGUGCGGGCCGAGAUCCUGGACGGGUUCGAGAGGCGCCUGACGGGCAUGCAGAGCCACUGCGACGAGCGGAUCGGCCAGGUGCAGCAGCAGUGCCACCAGGACCAGCUGAACGGCCAGGAGCAGAUGGAGACCUCCCUGGACGGCCGGGAGACCGGCCUGAGGAAGGAGCUGGGGGACCUGCAGGCUCAGAUCCAGGGCCUGACCCUGACGGAGAGCUGCUGCACACAGGUGAGCAGCCUGGCCCAAAGGAUGCUGCUGCUGGAGGACUCGGUCAAAGGCCUGACAGAGUCCCAGAGGCAGCUCCAGCUCGCCCACAGCGACCAGACCAUCCACGUGGAGACCAUGAUCGAGGGCCGCCUGGAGUACAUUGAGGGCCGGAUCAACACCACGGAGAGGGUGCAUACCGAGGACGGGGGGCGGGGGCCAGCCGAUGGCCUGGACGGCUGGAAGACCUUGCUGGAUGACAAGCUGAAGACGCUGGAGGACCGUCUGUUCAUGGCGGUGGAGGAGCUGAGCAACGUGACAGCUCCCGCCCUGCUGGAGGGGCAGGCGGUGCCAGCGCUGGAGACGGAGAUCGAGGCGGUGCGGCAGCGGGUGGAGGAGGGCCUGGACGGGGUCCAGAAGCAGCUGACCGACCUGGAGCUCCUCUGCACCUCCGCCUGCUCCCCGACCAUGGACGGGCAAGUGGACACGGGGGAGAAGAAGGAGGAGGAGGAGGACCAUUGCGGCACCAUGGAGGGGAAGCUCACCGGGCGCUUGGAUGGCCACUCGGACCGGCUGGACAGGCUGAACGGCACGCUGGGCGAGGUGCUGGCCAGGCUGGCCCAGGAGGAAGAGGAGGGCUCCAUUCAGGGGGAGAUCACACUGCUCAAGGUCAACAUCAACUCCGUCAACCGCACGCUCAAGGGCCUCCGGGAGUCGGUGGGCACGUUCACCCGCGAGGUGGGGCACGUCAACGCCUCCUGGCAGCAGCGCGAGGACAGGCUGGCCAGCCAGGUGCAGGGCAUCACGCAGCUGGUGGGGCGGCAGGUGUCUCAGCUGGGCUCCAGCGAGCGCCGGCUCAUCCAGCUCAAGGGCGAGCUGCAGAGCCUGAGGCGCAGGCUGGCCGGCGAGCUCCAGGGCUGCCGCAGCACGGCGCUGGGCGUCCAGAGGGAGGUGAUGGCCGUGGACAGCCGGGUCAAGCAGGUGGAGGGCCGGUGCAGCAGCCUCGGCGACCUGGCCGAUCACCUGGAGAGGAUCCGGGGGGAGCUGGAGCAGCACUCCGACGGCUACCUCCUCCAGGUCAACAGCACACUGGCCAGCCACUCGCAGCAGCUGUCCGAGCUCAAAGACGGACUCAAAGACUGCGCCGCCAAAACGGGACAGGCCGGGCCGAAGGGCGCCCAGUAACACGCUUGCGCGCCUGUGGAGCCGUGGCUAGUGGAUGUAUGGAUCGGUGAGACAUCGAUCGUAUGUUACUCCAAUGGGGCAUUUCACUCUAUUCCUUCCAUUUUCGUUUUUCCUGUUUUGUAUUGAUUUUAACUGACAUUUUAACUUAUAUGAAGAAAAAGUGACUGCAUUGUUAUGUUACUAGAUGUAUUUUAUAAAGAUAACAAGGCAAACAACACUAAUAAGCUGCUACGGGUUUCUACUGGCAAGUCAAUUCUACUUUAUUCGUCAUGGUUUCUUGUCCUUACUUUUU